AUGGCAACCUCAAGCCAGGCGGGGAACUUCUUCCAGACAGACUCGUCUCUGGCUGAGAACGAGCGGAAACUCCGCAAGGCUGCCAACACCUAUGGCGAUCCAGUCAGAUUCUCCUCUAAGUUGUUGGAUGUCGAGGUCAACUAUUACUUUGACCCUUCAGGAGACGUAGUUUUCGUUGCUGAGGCCGGAGGCUCGGUUUCUGGUCUGCGACUAUCUACCAAUGAAGUGUCGACUACUCCCAGAGGGCCUCAGGCGCCUGUCACAAGCCUCGCUUACCAUGCAACCAAAACUCCACUAGAUCCCUUCACAACCAUGCAAAUCUUCGCAGGAUGCUGGGACAAGUCGAUAUGGAAGUAUACCUUCCGGUUUGCUGAUCAAACUCAGAAGGGGCGACAAGUUACCGCACAAACUUCUUUCCCGGCGCAUAGAGAUUUUGUCAAAUGCCUCGUUGUUGCGCAGACCCCUGACAAGCAAGAUAUUCUAAUAUCAGGAAGUGCAGACGGCGACGUCAGGUUCUGGACGCUGGAUGGCCAAUCAUUGGGUGCUCUGAAACCGAAUUGCCGGGGGAUCGAAUGCAUUGCGCUUGAUCCUCUUUCAUCUGCCGACUCCCCUGUGGUCACUUUCUCCACAUCAAAACAGGAAAUAUUCUUCUUCACGCUGCCAGAGUCCACCAGCAUCAAGCCGGAGAAACUGAAGCUCUCUCCUCCAGUGAUUGUACACGAUACGGGUGUGUACAAGAUACACUUUGACGAGGAUGGUGACAUCUGGACCGCAUCUGCCGACAAGACAGCGAAGCAUCUUUCCAGAAACGACCAAUGGGCUGUCGACACCAUCUUGGCGCAUCCGGACUUUGUGAAAGACGUGGUAACCCAUGACGCUUAUGGCUGGGUGAUAACCGCAUGUCGUGAUGAGGAGGUGCGAGUCUGGAACAAAUCAACCGGACAGUUGCACCAUGUCUUCACCGGACACUUUGAGGAAGUCACCCGACUAUGUCUGACCGGGGACCUGCUUAUCAGCGUCAGCAUUGAUGCCACUUUGCGUAGGUGGAGCCUUGCCCCAGCGGACCUGGAAAAGGCCGUUCAAGAGGCCCGGAAUCCCAAACUACUCGAACAGGAGCCUGAGCCCACCAGUAACUUGCCCAUGUUGACGGAGGAGGAAGAAGCCGAGUUGCGGGCCUUGAUGGAGGCGGAGGAAGAGGAAUUGCUCGACAAGAUGGCCCGCGAUGAGCAGUGA